GUUAAAAAAGAGACAAUAUAAAGAAUUAUUACAACCUGGGUCUCUGGAAGAGUGGAGAGCUUGGUGGGUCACAAUCACAUAGUGAAGUUGUGAAAGGAAGGAAAAUUUGCUCUUUCUUUAAUGGCCGUUGUUAGUUUUUGCUCCAUGAUGUUGAUGCCUCAUGUCAUGUGAGUGGGUCAAUGACUCAAACCAACACAACAACAAGAUAGCUUGCUGGAAUUGUUUGGAUUAAAGCCUUUGCUUUUGUUUUCAACUGGGUUUCUUUUGAUUGAAGAAAGCUUAGUGGCUGUUUGAAUUUGAAGGAUUGAUAUUUGAGGAAUAGGAAGUGAAGAAGGAAACAGGUUAAGCUGAACAAGAAGGUUGCUGAAACCACAGAGUUUAGCCAUGUCUGUGACAUUAUUUUGGGUUGCCUCCUUCCCUAACUUACAAGUAUCCAAUUCCACUAGGUUACUUGAUUCUAUUCGAGAUGUGAGGCUCUUUGAUUCUUCGAAGUUCAUGUCGCGGGAUUUUAGGUCAAUUAGAGCAAAGAAGGAUAGGAAGAAGAGAUGGAGGUUUUGCUCUUUGAGUACUGGUGUGAAGUAUGCAUGUGUUGGUCAGUCUGGUUUAGAGAGUGCUAGUAGCUUCCCUAUGAUAUCGAAUGUGCUGGCGAACCCGGCUGCAGCAGAAGUGGCUGUUUCGUCAGAACAGAAGGUCUAUGAUGUGGUGCUGAAGCAGGCUUCUUUGAUUAAGAGGAAGCUCUCCGCCGGCGAUCAUGGGGUGAAACAGAAUGUUUUUCUGCCUGGGAAUUUGAGCUUGUUGAGUGAAGCUUAUGACCGUUGCGGAGAAAUUUGUGCAGAAUAUGCUAAAACAUUUUACCUGGGAACUCUCUUGAUGACUCCGGAAAGGCGAAGAGCUAUCUGGGCAAUUUAUGUGUGGUGUAGGAGAACAGAUGAACUUGUUGAUGGCCCUAAUGCGUCACAUAUUACACCAACUGCUUUGGAUAGGUGGGAAUCAAGAUUGGAAGAACUUUUCCAAGGUCGUCCAUUUGAUAUGCUUGAUGCUGCUGUAUCAGAUACAGUUACCAAAUUUCCUGUUGACAUCCAGCCAUUUAAAGAUAUGAUAGAAGGAAUGAGAACGGAUCUUAGGAAGUCAAGAUACAAGAACUUUGAUGAACUAUAUCUCUAUUGUUACUAUGUUGCUGGCACAGUUGGUUUAAUGAGUGUUCCGAUCAUGGGCAUUUCACCGGAUUCACAGACCUCAACGGAGAGUGUGUACAACGCUGCCUUGGCCCUAGGAAUUGCAAAUCAACUAACCAACAUCCUUAGAGAUGUUGGAGAGGAUGCCAGCAGAGGAAGAGUGUAUCUACCACAAGAUGAGUUGGCUCAGGCAGGGCUUUCGGAAGAUGACAUAUUUGCCGGCAAGGUGACCGACAAGUGGAGGAACUUCAUGAAGAGCCAAAUUAAAAGGGCAAGAAUGUUUUUUGAUGAGGCAGAAAAGGGAGUGAUGGAGCUUAAUAAAGCUAGCAGAUGGCCGGUAUUGGCGUCUUUGCUUUUGUAUCGCCAGAUAUUGGAUGAGAUUGAAGCUAAUGAUUACAACAAUUUCACUAAGAGGGCUUAUGUGAGCAAAACCAAGAAAUUACUUUCCUUACCAGCUGCCUAUGCUAGAACUAUGGUUGCCCCACCAAGAAAGUUAUCUCAUGUAAUGAAGGCAUAGAUCCUUACACUAUAUACAGUUAUGUAGAAAAAUUGGAGGAGGACAAACAAAAAGGAAAAGCACAAUUUGUAUAUGAUAAUAAUAUAAGCUUGUACUUGUUAUCCACUAGUUGUAGUUAAUAUUGGUUUUCCUAUUUUCAA